UUGCGCGAUUCGAACUUUGCAGGAGAUCUGCCAAUCAUGCAAGUACUUCACCUGUCCGUUAGCCUCCCUGAAAAGAGAGUAAGUCUACCCUGGUCCAUUGUUAACUUACUCUUAUGCUCUACGGUCAAGUCAACAUGCAUAGGCGAAAAUAAUCGGAUCCAUUUCUUAUCGUCCAUUCAUCGUUUGCCACUGUCUCCACAUAUACUGGCAACAACUUCACCUACCAGGAAUCGAACACAAGAUGUUCACUCGCAAGGAACCUGCCAUGGCAACGAAGGCAUACGAUGGAGCCUACGUAGAAUCGCCCGAUGGCGAAGGACAAGUUCAACCGCGAAACGAUAUGGACCCCGACAGCGGCGUAAAGCGUGGCCUGAAGAAUAGACACUUGAGCAUGAUGGCUUUAGCCGGUAUCAUUGGACCCGGCUUGCUCGUUGGAAGCGGCCGCGCGCUGCAGACCGGAGGUCCUGCGUCUCUGCUGAUCGGAUUCGGCGUCAUUGGGAUUAUCGCUUUUAGCAUCAUGCAAAGUCUCGGGGAAAUCACCACUCUCUAUCCCGGCGGAGGUUCUUUCGUGUCGCUGGCUGAUCGAUUCGUGGACAAGGGGUUCAGUGUUGCUGUAGGAUGGAACUACUUCAUCAUCUGGGCCGCAGUCCUGGCGAACGAAUACAAUGUCAUUUCCAGCAUCAUGGUCUUUUGGAGUGACGCGGUUCCACUAUGGGGCUACUUCCUCAUCUUCUGGACUGUCUUCCUCGGAUUUCAACUUCUCGGCAUUGAAGCUUUCGGGGAAGCCGAAUUCUGGCUUGCGUUGAUGAAACUCGUUGGUCUGACCGCGUACUUCAUCUUUGCCAUCAUCUACGCUUCUGGCGGCUUGAUUGGACAAGACGAGCCUCUUGGGUUUCGCUACUGGCGUGAUCCGGGUUCCUGGAACGAUAAUGGAUCCCGCGGCGUAGCGGCCGUCUUCGUUUUCUGCUCCACGUUCUACGCUGGCGUGGAGAGUGUUGCUCUCGCCGCAACGGAAACUCGCAAUCCAAGUGUAGCGGUCCCGCAAGCAAUUCGACAAGUCUUCUGGCGUAUCAUCUUCGUCUACAUGGGCUCGGCUUUUUUCUUCGGCCUCACAUGUCCCGCAGACGCAACUCAGCUCGUCGAGGGAGGCAGCCGUUCUCUCCAGUCACCUAUGACGGUGGCCAUUCAGAUCGCUGGCUGGCAAGGUGGUGUCCACCUCAUCAACGCCUUCAUCCUCAUUACCUGUCUUUCUGCGUGUAACUCCUCCAUCUACAUCGGAUCGCGAACAGUUCUCUAUAUGGCGCAAUCAGGGCAAGCUCCGCGCUUUUUCGGCUAUACGACAAAACGCGGUGUCCCAAUCUACGCCAUACUUCUUACCAACGCCGUCGGAUCGAUCAGUAUGAUGAAUGUCAGUACUGGUGCGAGCAAAGCAUAUUCGUACAUCGUCAACCUGAGCGGCGUUUCGACUUUCCUCGUCUGGGCAUCGAUCAGCUUCAUCCAUAUCCGUUUCCGCGCAGCCUGGAGAACUCAAGGACGAUCGAUCGAAGAGUUGCCAUAUAAAUCUCUCUGGUAUCCAUGGAACGCAUACUUUGGCGUCGGCGCGAAUAUAUUCUUGGCUUUGAUCCAAGGCUGGACGACAUUAUCUCCAUUCGAUGCGGGGACUUUUGUCGAUGCUUAUAUUCUGUUGCCGUUGUUCCCCAUCAUCUGGCUUGUUUUCAAGUACAUCAACAAGACACGAUUUUGGCGAUCAUAUGAGAUUGAUUUGGACCAGGGGAGGAGGCUGGAUCUGGAUGUGAAGCAGACGGGAUUUGGCACUGACAAGACGAAUUCUUUUUGGACAAAGGUGAAGAGGAGUUUUUAG